AUGAACAGUGGUGAAGAUUCAUAUUCAGGCAAUGCUUGGCUUAAAGAACAUCUGGAUGGAACUGAUGCACACUUAUGGCGACGAGCUCGAAAAAUGUUUCUAUUUAGGCAGAAUUUAUCAUCAGCACUCAAUCUAUUUAACUUUGACUAUAGAGCUAUAGAAAAUAUAUCCAAGCCAGAAGGUACCGUUCUUAGCGGAUCUCGUGACACAGCUCUUGGUUCUAGACCAGAAGGAGAAUUUCGACCUGGUCAAUUAUGGACAGAUGACGCAAAAAAUUCAAUUCGUACAUUACUUGAUCGAAUUGUUACUCGAUGGAUACCAAAACAUUUACAUUUAAGAAGAAUUAAUUAUGAAAGACUCCAUAAGAGUUUGACUCCAGUUCCAUUAAGCUUUGUACAAAAAACAUAUGACCAUACAAAUAAUAAUAUCGAAAAAUUUAAUGUUGAAAACGCUUUAACAGCUUAUCAAGAGUGUCUUGUUCCAUUACAUUAUCAUGAAUUAUGGAGCGAGAUUGCCAAUGAUUUUAAAGAUGUCGAUGUUGCUCUUAACCAGCGUACAACAGAUAUUAAUUUUCAGGAAUUUUAUAACAAGCAGACACUGGAUGGAGAAAAAGAUAGUGCACUCAUUUUCGGAACCAAUCGUGUGAUUUUUGCUGACAGGUACAAUGCUUUAUCAAGGAGUAUUGGCUUUUUUGAUCUUGUUCUAAUUAAAAUGAAUAAUAAAACAUAUUUUGGUAUGAUUGUUCAUGCUGAACAAACUAAAGUUAAAGUAGCAAGCCGAGAAGAAUGCUCGAAUAACAAUUAUGCAUCAAACACUAAUUCUAAUGAACUUCAGUUUGAUUUACAAACAACAAUUGGCAUUUAUGUAUCACGUGAAUGCUCCGAUGUUAUUCAACAAUAUCGCAAAGGAAAUAAAGAUAAAAAAAUACCAAUAACUAAAUUAAGUAAUAUAACAUCAUCAAGGCGUAUGAUCAGUGCCAUACAUAAUAUACAUGAAUGGCCUCAAUAUCGUAGUUUACUUAAACCUAUGAUUGAGGAUCUUUAUUUUCAAUUACCUCAAGACUAUGGUCCUGCGAAUAUAAUUCCUGAGUAUGGGUUUAAUAAGUCUCAGUCGGAGGCAAUUGCUAUUGCAGAAUAUAUGUUUGAUGAUCUUCAAGAGCAUCUGCAUAUGGUGCACGGUCCACCUGGCACAGGCAAAAGUCGAACGAUCGCAGGUAUUGUAUUAAAACUGUUAUCAAAACUACCAGAAUCGGGACGUAAACAAAAAAUUCUUCUUUGUGCACCAUCGAAUAACGCAUGCGAUGAAUUAUGCCGACGUAUUCUUGAUGAGUUCCAUAAACAAGAUUUUCCUUACAGCCGUGGAACUCUGGUUCGGAUUGGAUGUCAACCACCUGAUGAUUAUCGCUUGUGUAAACAUUUUCUAGAUUUCAUGAUUCUUCAAGACAUUGUAAAUGUUUUAAAAACAGAGCAAAAGCCAAGUCCUAAAAUUGCUCAAGAAACCGAAUCACAUAUUUUGAAACAUGCCAAAAUUGUUAUUUCAACGUUGAAUUAUUGUGGCAGUGCAAGGUUGCAACCAUUGAAAGCAACCACUGGGUUUGUCAUUAUUGAUGAAGCGUGUCAAAGUUUGGAAGCUGACUUGCUGCUACCACUUCGCUUUAAGUGUACCAAAAUUAUGCUGGUUGGUGAUCCGUUACAACUUCCUCCGUGUGUUCUUAGUGAUGCGGGAAAGAUGUAUGGUUUAUCUCAAUCACUUUACGCACGUUUACACUCUAAUUUCGAAGAGUAUCCAAAUGGUCCAAUAACUAUGCUCGAUACUCAAUAUCGAAUGCAUCCAGACAUUUGUCGAUUCCCCAGCGAAUACUUUUACACUCACCGUUUAUUAACAGAUGCGUCAGUAGCCAGAAGAAUGAGGGAUUUUCCUCUCAAGCCCUUAUAUGUAUACAAUAUGACUCAAUCACUGCAAAGCUCUGAUGAUGCUAGCUCAUCGUUCAAUGAAAGUGAAGCUAAAUAUAUCCGAGCUUUUUGUGAAUCGUUGAUUUCAUGUCUAGCUGCACCAGUAAACCAAGUUUCUAGUGACAGCGAAGAUAACGACGACAAUGAUGAUGACGAGGAUGCCUAUGAUGAAAAUAUAGAAAUAAAAUGUUUACGACCUAUACCUAUUAAUGACGCUAGAUCGAUUGACAUUCAAAAACGGAUCGCUAUUAUCACACCAUAUAAAGCACAAGUUCGUCUUCUUCGAUCAUACUUACCUCCGUAUAUUGAAAUCAUGACUGCUGAUGGUUCACAAGGCAAGGAAAAGGAUAUUGUUAUAGUUUCAUGCGUGCGCAGUGGUGGUACCAUUGGAUUUUUAGACGAUAUGCAUCGUGUUAAUGUUAUGUUGACCCGGCCAAAAAACGGUUUGUAUGUGGUUGGAAAUUUAACUCAAUUAGCUAACCAAAAUGAAUGUUGGAAAGCUUUUGUUGAUCACGCCAGAGUAAAAAAUAUUAUUUCUGAUGAAGUUAUGCUUCCACCAGAAUUGCCAUAUCGUUAA